AUGAGCCACAAGUGGGUGUCGGAGCUGUUUGUGGGUGUGAGGGGUGGCAACAGGGCGUCCCUCUCGCGGGCCAUCACAGUCGUCGAGUCGUCGAAACGGUCGGCGCAAAGACGACAACUCCUGAGACAAGUGAAUGACCACAUCGUGAGCACCCGACCCAAGACGUUACGGCUGGGCAUCAGUGGAGGUCCCGGUGCCGGCAAAUCCACAUUCAUCGAGGCGUUUGGCAUGAAUUUGAUCGACAAGUACGACAAGAAGGUGGCGGUGCUCGCCAUCGACCCCUCCUCUGCCAUCAAUGGCGGCUCC